AUGGUGAACGAGGAGACAUUUAAACACAUUUAUGCACAGUUCUUUCCACAUGGAGAUGCAAGCAUGUAUGCUCAUUAUUUGUUCAAUGCCUUUGACACAACCAACAACGGUUCCAUUAAUUUUAAGGACUUUGUAAUGGGUUUGUCCAUACUUCUUAGAGGGACCCUGCAGGAGAAGCUGGAGUGGACAUUUCACCUUUAUGACAUUAACCAAGAUGGAUAUAUAAAUAGAGAGGAAAUGACAGAGAUCGUCAGAGCCAUCUAUGACAUGAUGGGAAAGUACACUUAUCCAGCUCUGAAGGGGGACGUCCCACAGCAGCACGUGGAUGCCUUCUUUCAGAAAAUGGACAAAAACAAGGAUGGAGUUGUAACCUUGGACGAAUUUGUUAUAGCUUGCCAAGAGGACGAGACAAUGAUGAGAUCAAUGCAGCUGUUUGAAAAUGUGAUGUAG